GGAUAAGGCAGAAGAUAAACACGAAGGCGCUACUGUGACCGUGGAAGAGACAGAAAAGUAGAAUACAGUAGCCCUAAUACUCUUAAAGGUAGACAUAUUUGGUAAAAGAACUGAUAUUUCUGUGCUUGGUGACCUACAUCAUAAUGUAAUGCGUUCAGUCACCAAAAAAACCCCACCUAUUUAAAGAGAUGUCGUUCAUCAGCUGUAUGUACAAUGUGUCCAGUCGGGUCGUAUGGAGAGGUUCGCCCAGUGUCUCACCACUGCUGAGGCCCCUCCCGCCUGGACUGACAUGCGUUUUGGCAGCCGGUAAAAAGGACCUGAUGGACCUUCCUGUCCUGAAUGAGGACGAGCUUGAAGAGCAGUUUGUGAGAGGGUCUGGACCCGGAGGACAGGCCACCAACAAAACCAGCAACUGCGUGGUGCUCAAGCACAUACCCAGUGGGAUUGUUGUGAAGUGCCAUCAGACCAGAUCUGUGGAUAUAAAUCGAAAGCGCGCUCGGGACAUUAUGAGAGAGAAACUCGAUGUUGCAUACAAAGGAGAACUCAGUGAAGUUCUUGUAAAGAAGAAAGAGGCCGAGCUGAGGAAACAAGAGAAGAGGAGGAAGGCAAAUGAAAAUCUGGAGAGAAAAAGACUGUUUAAAGAAGCACUGGCUGCAGACUCCAAACCUGGAAAUGACACUGUUUAAAAUGUUUGUUUGUGUUUUGUGUAUAGAAUGAUAACAUUAAUACUUGAAUGUUUAGCCUUUCAUUUGUAUAGCAUCUUUAAUACAAUAGUACAUCACACAGUACAAGAGAGAGGAGGAUUUUUUACCAAAACUAAACUAAUAAAAUGAUUGAAUGGAUGUCCAAAAAAGCA